GCCACACAUUUGUAAACAAGGACCAGCGGCGGUCCAUUCAGGACUCCGGAGCUUGACACACACAUUCACACACUCACAGUGGUAGCUGCUGAACUUGACCUUGUCUGCACUACUAACAGUGCAGAUUAAUUAAUCUUCAAGCUGUUCAGUCAUCUGGAGACGAGAUCUUGAAGCACACUGCAUAUAUCGUUAAGACGCGACACAAUAAAUGGCAGACCUUGCUCUAGAGGCUGAUGAGGCCACGAGCACCUCGGAUGUAGCCAAGUCGAUUAAACCUAUUGACAAGACUACUGUUCACCGCAUUUGUUCUGGCCAAGUUGUGUUAACACUCGCAACGGCUGUCAAAGAGCUGGUUGAAAAUGGUCUCGAUGCCGGUGCUACCAGUGUGGAGGUACGUCUUCGUGAUCAUGGAACCACGCUCCUGGAAGUCUCUGAUAAUGGAAAGGGAGUUGAAGAACGGGAUUUUGAAGGCCUGACCUUAAAACACCAUACUUCAAAGAUUCAAGAUUUUGGGGACCUAGUUGGAGUGAAGACAUAUGGUUUUCGUGGUGAGGCUCUCAGUUCACUGUGUGCACUCAGUGACCUCACUGUCACAACACGCCAUACCAGUCAAGAGGUCGGAACAAAGUUGGUGUACGAUCAUAAUGGCAAACUUGUUACCAGAACUCCAGUAUCGAGACAGGUAGGCACAACAGUCUCACUACAAGGACUCUUCUCUACCCUGCCAGUGCGACACAAGGAGUUUCAUCGCAAUAUCAAGAAAGAAUUCAGCAAAAUGGUUCAAGUGCUCUACUCUUACUGUUUAAUAUCUACUGAAGUCAGGAUAACAUGCACAAAUCAUACUGAUAAGGGCAAGAAAAGUAUUGUUGUGUCAACUAGUGGACAUUCAACUGUAAAGGAAAACAUCUCUUCAAUUUUUGGAGUCAAACAGGUUUCCAGUUUGCUAGAGUUGCAGCAAGAAAGUGCCUCAUCUGAUGUAUUAGCAGAGUAUGGAGUGGACUCAGACAUUGUAGCUACCCAGGAGAACACACUGUUCACUUUGGAAGGAUACGUAUCAUCGUGUGCCCAUGGUCAGGGACGCUCAGCAGCUGAUCGUCAAUUCUACUUCAUCAAUUCCCGACCGUGUGACCCAGCUAGAGUGACAAAAGUAGUUAAUGAAGUAUACCAUCACUACAACCGCCACCAAUUCCCUUGUGUAGUGCUGAAUAUACGACUCAAGGAGGAUGAUGUUGACAUCAAUGUCACCCCUGACAAGCGUCAAAUUCUCAUCAACAACGAAAAGCUCCUAUUAGCGACCAUUAAGACAUCCUUGAUUCGGCUUUACGAGAACAUCCCUUCUUCAUACAGUAUGCAGAAUACAUCCAUGAGCUCACCACUUAGUAACUCUUUCAACAAUGCCUAUGGCAGUCCAAAACCUGCUGUUGCCAGUCCAUUGGCCUCAACUAUGGCCAGUACUGGAAAAGUGUCUGCUCUUAGUCAGAGGUUUGGCCACAGACCUCUGGGAUCACCAACAUCCGAGGUAUUCCCACCGUCUCAAGGUGGUCUCAAGCGUUCUCUCUCUUACGGUUUCUCCUCCAACAGCAGCCCAAACAACAAACAACCAAAGUUGACAUCAUUCCUGAAGAAAAGUAAAUUGGAAGAAGCCGAUGUUGGCAGUUGUGAUGAGACAUCAGCAGCUCUAGCAGCCACUUCAAGUCUAGAGGGCAUUCAACCACUGUCAGACCAGUGGGCCUCCGAAGACAGGACGGAGGAGACCGUGGAGGAGGAGGAGGAGGAUAGUGUGCAUGACAUGGGGUUGGAGGAGAAGGAAAACCGUCUUGAAUCUGUUGAGAUGGAAAUGAGUGAUGAAGUGCCUGUUGCUUGUCAGGGUAAUACUCAGGAUAAUUUGGAAAAUUCUCUGGAUUUUCCCAAUACCCAAGACUUGAAUGAUUUGUCCAACUCUAAAGGACCUGAUGAGAGUCAUUGGCAAUCUGAUGCCGAUAACCAUAAUCAUAAUACUAACAAUAAUGAAUUAGAAAAAAAUGAGCCAAAAUCUGAAUGUCUUUCCAAUAAUACUAGAACAAAUUUAAAUGGAAUUUCUGUACUUAAAAAAAUGUCAACAUUUUCUCGGUCACUACCAACAUCUUUAAUGAGCAAAAAGGCUCAUAAUGCUACAAAUGAGUUCUUGAGCAAUCUUCUUGCUAAAAAAUCUGGGAUUAAUGGAGGAAAAAAUGUAUCUGCCAAAUGCAGUCAUUUAUCAAAUGAACACACCAAUGAUAAAUGUGAGGAGGUGGAGAUAGUAUUUGAAGACUUAGCUCCAAAGGAUGCUGAAGAUUUAGAAACUCCUGAGGAAGACAUACAUAACACUGAACUCCCCUCGAGAAAAGUAAUGCUGUGUGAAGACUAUAAUGCAAGUGAAUUUACAGGUAAGAGAAAGUCAAAGCAGAUCAUCUUCAGUUUAGAAACAUUGAGGGCAAGAAUCAGUGCUUCAAAGGCAAAGGCUGCACACGAAGAUAUUAUACGCAAGUUUCGUGCUGCAAUAAACCCCAUGGAUAAUGCUGCCGCUGAAGAUGAGCUCAGAAAAGAGAUUUCAAAAGAUAUGUUUGCAAAGAUGAAAAUUUUAGGCCAGUUCAAUUUAGGUUUCAUCAUUGUGUGUCUCGGUUCCGACUUGUUUAUUGUUGAUCAACACGCUACGGAUGAGAAGUACAAUUUUGAGAUUCUCCAGCAAACAUGCACUCUACAGAAUCAACGACUCAUCAUUCCUCAAACACUUGAGCUAACUGCAGUGAAUGAGUCAAUAUUGCUCGAUAACAUCGAAAUCUUCAAGAAGAAUGGAUUUGAAUUCAAGGUGGAAGAGGACAAGCCUGUUGGUCGUAGGGUCGCCCUCGUAUCGAUGCCUUUCAGCCGUGGAUGGGAAUUUGGAAGGGAAGACAUUGAGGAGCUUAUUUUCAUGCUUUCGGAUGCACCUGGUAUCAUGUGUCGGCCAUCACGUGUACAGGCCAUGUUUGCAUCGAGGGCAUGUCGGAAAUCAGUCAUGAUUGGUACUGCGCUAACCCAUACACAGAUGCAAAAGCUUGUCUGCCAUAUGGGUGAAAUUGAGCAGCCAUGGAAUUGCCCACAUGGAAGACCGACAAUGAGACAUCUUAUUAACCUUGAUAUAAUAGCAGCUCCAAGAUGAUAGGUGGAAGGGUUUUUAAGAAUUUAAGAAUAAUUCAAACAAAUACCUAAUAAAAUUGUAUUUCAGAUAAAUUUUUGUAUAUAUAUAUUCUGUAUCUAAUUUUAUAGGGUAUAACAAAUGCAUGAAACCAGAUAAAUUUAUGUAUACUGAAUAAUACAGUACUUGUAUUAAAACAGAACCAUAAAUUGUAAUAUGUUCAGUGAGACAUCAAAUAUAGAAUCCCAAGUGAUAAUUGUAUAACUGAAGAUAAUUAUGAAUAAAUGAAUUAAAAUACUGUACUGUACAGUACAGUACUUACAUUUGUAUAUUUAAAUGAAAAUCUUGUAUAAUUCCCGUAGUCUAUUUUUAAAUAAAAUACUGUACAUGUAUAGUACUGUAAUUUCAUUUAUCAAUACAGUACCUUGAAGGGUAUGACUAUUUUUUUAUUUAAUAGCUAAACAGUACAGGUAUUAUGUACACCAAGCCCAUCCUGUGAGCAGUACAGAAAGGUUACAGAGGCACAUAAUAACUGACCCAAUGGUCUUUUACUUAAGCAAUUUAAAGGAAUACAGUACCUGGAGAGGAUUCUGGGAGUUCUUCUACUCCCGAGCCCAGCCUGAGGCCAGGCUCGACUGUGAUAACAGUCCAACAGGCUGUUGUUUGGAGUAACCCGCAGUGAUUAAAAAUGUUUUUUUUAUAUAUUUUGUUUAUAGUACCCUUGUCUUCUUUUCCGUAUCUUCAUAUCGGCAUGUUUUAGUGAAAAGUUAAAUGCAUAACUUUAAUCUCUUACCAUCUUUGAAUCAGUUAUUAAAUCUGCAGUUUCUUUCAUAUAAGUAGGGUUUAUCAAACACAUUCUUAAUUGAUUUACUUGCAGCCUCAAUAAUCAAUGAGAGGAUCAAGUGCAUACAUCCUCAUUCAGUUUAAGUGCAUCCUCACAUCUCAGUAGAGGUGCACAUAUUACACCCCCAUUUGGGUAUAUUCUUGUUGCCUAUUGAAUCACAAGAGAAAUACCUAAAGAAUGUUGAGAUUCUCUUGUUGUUGACUUCUCUCCAUGUAAGAAAUUUCCUUAACUUUAGUAUCAAUUUUCUCAAUCCUGAAACUAGACAUAGUUGAUGAAAGUAUGACAAUGUAAAAUCAGGGGUCAACUUUAACACUCGGAAUCCCAUCAUCAUCAUUAGUACAUAACCAGAUCCAACAUGUGGUUAGAACAAGACAUACUUUGUGUGAAGUUUUUAUAACUAAACGUAUCAAUAUUAUACAAGAACUUAAUGUGAUCAUCAUUUAUGACAUCAACCUUAAAUGGAAGUUGCCAUACACACAUUCGCUCACCCCUGCAUGCAGUUCAGCGAAAUCAUCACAGAAAACUUUCACUAAGAAGCGGUGGUCUGUAUAUCAACAAUCUUAAAUGGUUUAUUUCUGAUAUUAAAAUAAAUUUCCAAAUAUU